AUGUUUAGCCAAAGGUAUUUGAGCUCCCUCUCAAGCAACACUAUCAGCGAUUGGAUCAAGUCCAAAUGCCUAUCGGACUACAUCGCUCAUGCGUGCGGAGAACACGCAUCAGCCUCCUCUCGUUGCAACCGCAACCCCUCCAAAAUGAAAUUCCGCCAAUACAUCCUCAACGCCUCCAUCUCCCUCCUUACCCCAAUCUACGCCCAGAUCUACGACACAUCCAACUCUAUGGCCCAAAUCACCGCCACCGUAGACAAUACCUCCACAAUCCCGAACCGGUUAGGAAACCACUACAACUUCUGGACCAUAUCCCCGGACAACACAACAUGGGACCUGACCCGUUCUUCCUCCCCAUUAUACCCAACAACAUCCCCCAAAACAAUCCCCAUGCUCGGAUUCCGCCAAAAAAAAGCCAUCAUCGAAACCCAACCGCACCGCGUUCGUAAUCGUAGACAUGCAGAACUUCUUCCUCCAUCCAUUUCUACAACCCAACGCUACAAGGGGGCAGAGAAGCCAAGAUUUUUUAUGGGUGAAUUGGGGAAUAGAUUUUUUCAUGAUUUGAUCACGAUGCCUCCAGCUUUUCUGAGUAAUUUCAGCAUAGUGAGAUGGGGAAGUUGGAAGAGGAUGAUGAUGGGACGGAGAUUGAUAUGGGAAAGAAAUUGUGUCGGGGAGCUUGGAAUUCCAGGGUUUUGGGGGGAUUUGUGGCCGCUUUAUGAGGAGGGGAUCAAGGUUGGGACGGAUUUGUUGUUCCACAAGAGUGAGUUUCAAUUUUUAUUUUCUAAUAUCUUGGGGCAUUUUGACAGAUUCUCUGGACUUUGGGGCGCGCAGACACCGCUUGGUCUGUAUUUGCAAGAGUCGGGUAUUACGAGUUUGUUCAUUGGUGGCGUCAACAGUGACCAGUGUGUUUGGAGCACGCUGAUUGAUGCCUUCUUCAAAGGCUUCGAUGUCGUCUACGUACAGGACUGCACGGGAACGACAAGUCCUUGGUAUGCCGAGGAAAUGGCAAGGUACAAUGCCGAUGCGAAUGGAUUCCUGGCUAAGAGCACGGACAUCAUCGAGGCCCUGGAUAGGCAGGCGACGGGAUACUGA